AUGUUCUGGAAAGGCAGGUGCAAGGCAAGCUCCGAAGCUCCCGCACCAGCAGCACUUUGUUCCGCCGAAAGGUCCGGGCCUUCCUUUGGGAAAGCAAGCUUCUCUUUUGGGGCCUCCUCCGCUCGUACCCGGCCUCCGGUGGAGCCCGCUCAGAGCUCUUUGUUGGAUGCCGCCGGCGUGGGUCCGAUGCCCCUUGCUGCGCCGCCCGCUGCGGACCUUGUUCAGGAUUCCUUCCAGACUGCCCUUCUUCAGCAGAGUCAGGCCUUGUCGGCGCUGGUCGGGCAUCUCGUUGCCCAGCAAGAUGGUGGCCUGGGGGAUCUGACAAGCUCAGCCUCCAGCAGCAUUGGUGCAAAAGGGGCCGCGAGACGGGAGAAACUGCAAGCUGCUCUGGCGGCCCGCUCCGGGGACUUUUUCCUGUCGGUCUUCCAAAGCGCUGCUCGGCGCCUGCAGCCGUCCCAGUCGAGCCCAGCCUCACUCUCCGAAUGCUCCGCUCAGGUGUCGAUGUGCCAGUACCUAGAGAGGUUCGGCACUUUUGGGGGCCAGAGAGAAGCCGGCUACACCAUGUGGUGUUUGGCUCAUGUGAUGGACUGCCUUGCUCAGGAGGACGUCGCUGGUGCUCGCGAGUUCCUUGCCUUGACUUUUGUGGCCCUGGAUCAGGCCACGAUCGACAACGGCCGUUGGGACUUCGCCUGGCUUUUGACUCUUUUGGAGGAGCCGCCAGGUCAGAUGUUUCGAGGGCGAGGUCAGGUUGCGAACCCACGAACCCGAGCGUUCUCUCCUCUGUCUCCGGUGGCGUGGACAACUUGUGCACUUCAGUUCCUGAAGGAGGUCGACUUGAUAUCGACCCGUCGCUUGGAAACCUUGGGGCACCCAAAGGCCUCACCUUCUCCACCCGUCGCGGAAGACGCUCCUGCCGCUCCAAAGCAGCCCCGGCGACCACCAAAGCGUGCCAUGCACCGCCGCCUGCUGCACAUAGUUUGCGUGGGGUUGAACUUCCUCUACGCUGGCUGUGUGCCAAUCCCCCUUGCUGCUCUCCAACGGCCCGCCAAUGCAGCACAGCAACGACUUGUCGCGCAUGUGGGUCGGCAUUUGAAGGCGUUCGGUGCCUCUGUCAGCGAGUUCGCUUUGCCUGACUCAGGCCGCCGCAAUCCCCAAUUAGUUGCAAGACUUUCAGAGUUAGUGGCUUUUCUUUCGGCCUCCUCGGCCAACUCGGGAGAUGCUUAUGCUGAUUUGUCAGGCACUGCUAUCCCCACGCACAACGAUGCCUUCCCUGGCUUGGAGCCCUUUCGCUCCCUGGAUGUCUCUCGUUUGAAGCUUUCAGGUAAAGGUCACUGGGACCCCCGGCCCUACUUGACCGAUGAGCUCUAUAUGGCCUUCGCGGAGCCUCGCUCCCUUCUUCACGGUGGACCUCCACCCGAUGACUUCGUGCCGGUUUGGACCGGCGAGAGCUACGACGAGACUGCUGCACUCGCAUCUCUCUGGGAUCGCUUGGGUCUUUUGCAUUUGGUGCCUGCGCGGCUUCGUGCUUCGGAGUCCUAUCGGCUCGCGAGGGCCUUCAAUUGCUACAAGGCCCCUGAUAAGGACCGCAUGAUCAUUGAUCGCAGGGGCCAGAACUUUGCAGAAGCCAAGCUCAGCGGGCCGAGUCUUUACAUACCUGUUGGGCCCAUGCUCAAUGUCCUCGAGGCUGACCCUCUACAUGAGGGUGUGUACUGCGCGGCUACUGACCGCAAAGAUUUUUAUCAUCAGUUUGCUGCAGGCGAUGCCAAAGCCUCCUUGAAUGCCUUGGGACCGGCCCUUCCUGUUUCAUGGCUUCGCAGCCUUGCUGCCUACUCUCGGCUCUCGGCUAGGCUUUCCUCCCGCGAGGCACGCCUUGACUGUUUCUCUUCUCAGCCCAUCGACGACGAGCUCAAUCCUCUUCUCUUUGAGGAGGACUCGGUGUUGGUAUGUUUUGGGGCGAUUGCUCAAGGUGACCACUUAGGAGUUGAGAUCGGCACCUGUGCCCAUGGGGCACUCUUGGAAUCAGCGGGCCUGUUGUGCGGCUCCAGCCGCUUGUGCUCCAACAGGCCUUUCAAGGGCAGCCGGUGCGCCCAAGGGCUCGUCAUUGACGACUUCUUCUCUGUGUGUGUGCACAAGGACAGCGAUCGCUCGGAGCCCGUUUGCGUGGAUCACAUCAGGCGGGCCAAAGCUGUUUAUCAACGGGAGCAGCUUGCUGGUUCCGAUGACAAGGAUCUUUGGUGUGAGCCGUUUGCCAAGAUUGCUGGAGCAGAGAUAAAUUCCACCAAGGAGGUUCGCAGCCUUGGGCUGAUUACCUUAGCCUCUCCGGCCUGCAAGCGCCUGGCUCUUGCUGUGGUUUCUCUUGAGGCGGCCAGGUUUUCCUCGGUGUCGGAUAGCCUUAUGCUGUCCUUGGUUGGCAGCUGGACUUCGUCUCUGCUUUUUCGGCGGCCCCUGAUGUCGGUCAUGAGUGCGGUCUUUGAGGUCGUUGCUGCCAGCUCGGUGAAGCCCGGCUUUCCUCGACUUUGCUCGUUGCCUCGCUCCGCGGCUCAGGAGCUUGUUCUGCUUAGCGUUCUGUGCCCUCUGGCUGCGUCAGAACUUAGUGCUCCCGUUUGCCCUGACAUUUAUGCUACGGAUGCCUCCGAGCACAAGGGCGGCUAUGUCAUUGCGAACGCUGGCCUCUCCCUCUCUAGGGCCCUCUGGCGCACCGCUUCGAAGAAGGGUGGCUACAGCCGCCUUUGGUCCCGUGAGGAGGCCACCCUUGCCAGGUUUACCGACAAGGAGGUUGGUCGCGGCCCCGGCUUGGUUGGGCCAAUCCUGCAGCUUGAUCAUGUGUACAGUGCCAAUGAGAUCGUCUUCUUUCAUAUUGGAAACUUUUGCUUGGCUGCAGCUACGCUUGAGGAUGUACAGGCAAUCGUGGAUGAUUCGAUGAGUGAUGUUCUUAAGAUUGAGGAUCGUGUGGCGCUUACAGAGUCAGUGCAUAAGUGGUGCGCGCUUCAUCAAGGGACAGUGGAAAGGACUGUUCGCGAGAUCGGGCAGAAUGUCCGACGGGGGCCUUAUAUCCGUCGUGGGCCCAGUGUGACGGCUGCCGAUUUGUAUGAGGGGCUUUUGGCUUCUGAUCCUGUGCUGGGUUUGGCUGCUCUUGAGAAGAAGUUAAAGCUUCGCAAAGCUGGAACAGGGGCGCGUGUGGAAGCAGAGGACUUGUGCAGGCGCCGCUGGGGUCUCAAGCUCGCGGGCUACAUCCAGGAGGUUGCACCUCCGCCGCGGCCAGAUCCUUUCUGGCCACAGCGACGGUUCCGACAGUGGGACAAUGAUUGGUCCGAGAGCCCGGCCAAGUGGCAGCGAACAGGCAAAGGACGUGGCCAUGGAAAGGGCAAGAACGGCAAGGGGGGCAAGGCCAACCGCGAUGAAUCCAAGGGCGAUGGCAAGGGCCUCGGCGGUGGCAAGGGCAAGAGUGAUCAUGCGCUCUGGACACACACGCACGGGAAGGAGAUAUCAGAUCACACUUACAGCAGCUCUGCACGUCGCGGGGCCAUCCGUUUACAGAGGCAGCAGGGCCUGUACUUCAUUCUUGAGCACCCUGAAGAUCUGGGCCGUGUGCCGUCUGGUGAGAGGCCUGCUUCCAUUUGGUCUUUUGAUGAGGUUCGUCAGAUUUGCGCUGGAGGCGAUGUCAGUUGCUGGGCAUUGCAUCAAUGCCUUUUCGGGGCUACGUCAUGCAAACCCACCCGCUUGUUAUCCAAUUUGCCCGGAGCGUUGAACUUUGGGAUACAGAUGCCAUGUUUCAAUGAUGACGGGGACUACGUGGGGCCGCUCUUGCGCUGUCCGCAUUCACAUGCAGAUCGAGCCUGCGGUUUUCAGGAUGGCACUUGGAAAUCGGCAGCCACGGCGGCUUACCCUUCGGAGUUCGCUGCUUUCUUCGCCCGUCUCUCUUUGAGUGUGGUGCCUGAGCUGAGGGCCGUGGCUGACUCCGACCUGAUCCCAGCCAACAUCCCUUCAUCCGCCGAAGCCUUUGCCACGGAGUGCAUCGCACGCGGUUCUUUCGAUCGUGCUUCAGUUCAGAUUCUUUUCGACUUGCUUCCUAAGACUCGGCCUCAUAAGAUCACAGGCAGUGCAGAACCUGGCACCGCUUUCUUUGGAGGCACUGUGCACCAGGAGGGUCUCACCGCACCGCGGUCCACUUGUUUUACAUUCCCCGAGUCCAUGCGUGUGAUCAAUGCUUUUCUUCACUCCGUGGACCCGCACCACCGUUACGCUGCUUUUGUUCUCACAAAGAACGUUACUAGUGAGGUUCAUCGUGAUCCGCGGAAUGCAGCUGUGCCCAACUUGAUUGUGGCAAUUUCCUCCUUUUCUGAUGGUGGCAUUUGGAUACAGGAUGACUCAGGUACCCAGGUGCGAUCCUUUCACGGCUCGCCCGUCACAGGCACUGUACACUCCUUGCAAGACGGACCCGUCUACCUGGAUGCCCGUGGAUGUUUGCACGCUACCCAACCUUGGGUUGGGGAUCGUCUCAUCGCCAUUGCAUACACCCCUCAGAACGUGCACCUGCUCUCUGUUGAUGAUUCGGCUUUUCUGGCUUCAUUGGGCUUUCCUGUCUUGGAUUCCUCUCCUGCGGGGGGGGAGGCACCAGCGGAAUCCUUCGUUUCCUCAGACAACUUCACCUUGGCUGCAGCAGUGCCGGCGAUAGACAACUCAGGCACUGGAGACGCUCAGGAGGUCGUGGUGGUCGAUCAUGAGGAGUCGGCCAGGGAAGCUUUUGACCCCAAGACUAGUCGCGCUUUCGGGCAGCCCAUGAUCUGCAAGUUUGAAAUGGGCAAGCAAGAGUUUGUGGACAGCUUCGGGUUGUGUUCGCCUGGCCGUUGGGCUCCCGAGGCGAGAGAGAAGUUGGCGUCGAGUGAUGAGGUGGCACAUGCAGAGGGAAUUCGCGGAUUGCUACGAGACUUUGUGAUUGAUCAGCUGAAAGACCCCAAGGACAUGGCGUUCCGUCUCGCGACGGGCCAUGUGAAGAAUUCUCCUUUCGCGGAGUCUGCCUUGCAGAAGUUGAGGCAGAGGAUCGUCGGGUUGAUCCCAGGGGCGUCUUCAGACCUGCUGCGUGAGACGUCGGGAGUGCACGACAACAUAAGGACUAUGAUUUGCGGGGGGACAGACAAUUCUUCGACUGGCAAGCUGCAGAAGAAGGGCUCGAGCACUAAGUGGCCGCUGAUGGGCAUUCAGAUGGCAUGUGCAGCGGCUCUACACAAGGUGAACAAGCAGCUCACACUGCAGUGGAGGCCGAGGGAUGAGAACACCUUGUCUGACGCUAUCACCAAUCACGAUUUCUCGAGUUUCUGUCCGGAGCUGAGGGUUCCCUUGAAGCUUGACGAUCUGCCGCUUGACAUUUUCCUUCGGAUGAUUCAUUCCAGGGAGGCCUUCGUGAAUGCACGCGUCAGCUUACAACACCUGGUAUCAAGAGAGACUUCGAUGUCGCGUCGUGAGAAGGAGCAGAGCAAAACACCUUGGAUCAGUUCGACGCACCGAGUGAAAACAUCUGACUUCCUGAACGGCAUCUUUUGUGUGAUGAUGGAUUUGGCGGCCAUGGAGGCCGCGACGUCGAGUACUCAGCUGACCCUACCUGUCAGCUACAGAAAGUUCAGGGGAGUUGCGCCGCGCAACUAUGUUCUCAAAGCUAUGCUUGAGGGUGAGCAUGCUUCCAUCGAAGACUUCCUGGAAAGGCUCAAUGAGGAUGCAAGUGCAGUUGUGGGAUCGGCUGUGCUUGUGGAUGAGCUCUUUCGUGUACGUGAAGCCCUCGUUCUUCUCUGGACCGAGCAGCUGACAAAGCGGUGUGAUGGCGACCCCCCUUGGGUGGAGCGCCUCCAGGCGAUGGGACAUUUCCCAAGCACUACCCUGUGGUUUGCUGACGGGGACUUUGGCCUUGCUCCGGCGGAGGCCUAUCGCGAUGCAAGUGUCCAGCAGCAGCGGGGCAGCCGGGAGCAAGUGGCAGCAGCGCUGCCGCUUUCUGGUGGGCGACCUGGUGCUGGUGCGGACGCUGAGCUGGUGAUGCAGCCGGCUGCUGGCGAGAUUGAGGAGGAUGCGGAGCUGGCUGGGCCUCCCGAAGUGGAGGCGACCAACCAUGGCGACGCUGCUCUUCCUUGGCAGCCGGACAAAGAGCCACCUAGCCCGGCCUCUCCCUGCCUCCUUGGUAACAUGUUUUCUAAGACCGGCCCGUUCGGGGCCCCCUCCGAGAGUGUGGACUUCCUCGGGGGCCCCCUGGGCGCCACGGCCCAAGGUGGCAGUGCGAUCGAGCAGAGCUGUGGCACGGAUUUUCUUGGCGGCCCCAUCUGGACGGUGCCGCAAGCGCAUGCAUAUCCUAGUGCCAGUGUGGAUCAUGUGCAGCCUGUGCAGCAAUCCACUUCCGUGCCUCCCGGUGUGUGUGCAAUUUGGCAAGGUGUCCGUGUGGGUGAGGCAAAGCACCCGGGCCGCCGGGCCCCUGCAGGCGAGCCGAUGCUUUGUGUGUGCCAUGACUGGAAGAGGGGAUGCCGCCUGGGUGAGGCCUCUCACCCUGGGCCUGGCUUCAACCUUGACCUUGGCAACCUUGGGGAUAGCCUUGGCGAUAGCAUCAUGAAGUCGAUCAAGGAGCAGAUCCAGAAGGCAGUUGACGAGGCAGUAAAGCAGGCCCUGGCGUCGCUCAAUCUCGGCCGGGGCUUGGCUGCUGCCCGGCCGUCCGGCGAUCCAGACGUGCAGCUCGAGCCAAAGGGCAGGCGCAAGAGGUGGCCGCCAGAGCGCAGCCAAAGCAAGGGCAAGCCUGAAGACAAGUCUGGCCCAGCCAAGGUGGCCCAGCGCGAUGGCCCAGGCGACUCAGGUCAACGCCGGGGCAAGGGCAAGGGCGGCUGUGGUGAGGCAGGCGGGCAGGAAGCCGGUGAUGGCUGGCAGAUCGUCCGGCGCAAGGCUCCGGAAGGCGCCUUCAAGCUUCGAAAAUCUGAUUGGGACGCUCCGGUCGUCGAGUACGCUGCCCUAGCUGAGUUCAUUGACAAGGCUGAUGCCAGCAAGGUCCUCGAACUUGUAGUCUUUGUUUCGGCCGACCAGGUCACGCUUGCUACGAACAUUCUGCGGGGGAGCGGGCUGAGCUUCAAGGCCCUGCUUGUUUUCCUAUCCAAGGAUGAGGAGGCCCAGCGCAUCCCGGGCACCAUUGGGGAUCGCCUGGUCUUCAGGACUGCUAAGGUCCAGAAGCUCACGUCUGCAGGUGCCAGUGGCCAUGCUCCGCAGCCCACCGGCCUGAGCCAAACGUCCAUCAAGAUCAAACCCACUGAAAGUGCAGUCGUCUACUUUAAGGUGCCAAAGCAGUUCGCCUCAGCCGACACUUGGAAGGCUUUCGGGGGCAACGCCUCCAAGGCCGCUGUAGACUGGGUCGCGGCCCAAAGGAUCAAGGUGCUCGACACUUUUGCCUGGGUCCUGGAAAAGCAGCGCAACGACACUCAUGAGCAGUACUUUGGCAUUGUUCGCAUUCCGAAGGCAGAUAUUGAGGGCAUCCUGGCCCACUCUGGCAAGGACGGUGUCUUCGUUGAUGCCGCUCGCACCUCAGGGCCCCGGGCGAAGCUCCAAUGGAUCGAGAAGCUCCCCGGCGAGAAGGUGGACGCCUACUUUGAACGUGCCCUGCGCCAGGCUUCCAGCCUGGGCUUGGUCGUCAAUGGGGGGCGAUUGGCGUGGCGAAGUGCCAUGGCAGCUGGAGAAGCAACGGUGCGCAUCUGGCACAUCGAUGGUGUGCCCCACGAGUGGGAUGCGGAUGCCGUCGGCCAGCUCUUGGCCACACGCUUCACUGAGUACACCAUCCUGUCGCAUCGGCGCACCCGCCUCGGGUCCUGCUUUCGCUUCCGCGGGCAACCUGGAACCGCAGACACGGACCUGGUGCCGUUCGUCGUCGAGCAUCAGGAGAAGCCCUUGUCCUUGUGGGCAACGCUGGCACCUUUCCGUGUCGUCUCCAAGAAGCAGAAGCCUCUCGCCUCGAAGGCCGUCCCGGUCGUUGCUCUCGAGCAGCCUGUCGUUGCCACCAUCGUCAAACCUCCCACGGGGGAGCUGGCUACGGGCGAGGACGGCAAGGAAGUGCCCCAGCAGAAACGUGUCAAGCAGGAGGUGCGCACCAAGCCAGGUGACCUCCAGCUUAAGGCAUGCCCUCGUGACGGAGCCUGCGUGCUGCACGCAAUAAGCCUCGGCCUUCAAUGGCUUGGUGACUCUCGGCCCAAUCACCCGCGCAUGCUCCGUGCGCAAAUGGUCGAACACAUGCGCCGGCAUGUCACCCAGUACGAGAAGGAAUGGGACGGCAAAGGGCCGGACAGUGAGCCGGUCAAGGACCGGGACUUUUCGGCCUACCUCACUCUUAUGGAGAAGGAGGGGGCGUACUGCUCGGAUGUCGAGCUGAGGGCCCUGGGCCGUGUGCUGGACAUCAAAAUCGUCGUGCUUCCGGCGGGCCUCAACUUUUCUCCUUACGCUUUUCAUAGCAAAGCUGCCAAGAUGCUGGUGCUGUGGUACGAGGAUAACCACGUAGAUCUCAUGCUCCCGCCUGAGGGUCACAAGAAGUAUCCAAGUGAGUAUGCCCAGAUCACAGCUGGACCCGUCUUUGGGCUGCGUGCAGGUGGCCGUGGGCCCCCAUCGGUCUUCACUGCCUCCUCUGCUGCCUGUGUUCGAUCCCAGCCUUCCUCUCAGUGGACCUCGGUCAUGGACGGCGAAGGGGCAAAAUCCCAGGCUCGCCCGGCAUCCGUCUGGACCACCUCGAUGCCGGCGAGCGCCUCGGGGAGUGCUGCGGGGCGGCCCUCGAUCGAAGCCCAGCCCUCUUUGCAAGGUGCUGCUUCGAGUGAGGCCGCGUUCUCCGAACUGCAGGCCCCUCCGGAUCAGCCGAUCGAGUUGCAAGGGAGCUUACAGGCCCCCCUGGAGCCACCGCCUCAGCGCACGGAAUGGGCCACACAGGCUGCCAGUGCGGCUGCUCAAGCCGCCGCUUUUGCAAGCACGGCCCAAGGUGCUCGACCUAUGGGUGUUGGAGAUCUGACCAAGGUGCUACCGAAGCCGGAUCCGUUCCGGCCCACUACGAGAGAUGAGGAGUUUGCGCAAUGGCCUCAGUGGAGCUGGACGUUUGAACAGUAUUUAUCGUGCUUGGAACCAGAGUUCAGCAGCGAGCUUCGUGAGUAUGGCCGGCAGCAGACAGCAGUGAUCUUGAGUUCUCUUGAUGAUGGUGCCAAGCGGCGGUCUCGGCUGCUGUACGGCAUGUUGAAUGGCCUACUGUAUGAACGCGGCAGGCGACUGUUGCGAUCUGUUCAGGAGCAGAACGGGUUUGAGGCAUGGAGACUGCUCAGCAAAGAUCUUAUGCCAAAGACCCGCAAUCGAGUUUUAGCUUUGCUGCGUACGAUCAACAGCUGGCCGUCUUUUGCGGCCCAACAAGGACUUGCCCAGCAGCUGCUGCGACUUGAAAGCGCCUUUGAGGAGUAUGAGCGCCUCGAGCCAGGCGGUCUCCCGGAGAACAACAAGAUGGCCACUCUCCUCAGUUGCUUGACAGGCCAGCUCCGUCAGCAUGCCAAUGUAGUCAUAUCUGACGACAGCACGUACAGUGAUUUGCGUGAGCUUGUGCUGCGUUGGGAUGGAGCUAACACGAAGUGGCAAACCAGUGUUGCUUCGAGUUACGGCCUGAGUGAUGGAAAGAAAGGCUUGCAUGAUACCGGCGAUGUUGCGCCGAUGGAUAUAGACCGUGUGCAUGCAAAAGGUGAUAAAGGCAAAGACCGCAAGGGCAGGCCCAAAGGCGGCAAAGGCGACAAGGGCAAAGACGGCAAGGGCAAGCACAACAAAGGCAGCAAAGGCGAUGCAGGCAAAGGCGACAAGGGCAAGAGCAAGGGGACAAAGGUGGCAAUGCAAAGGGCCUACAUGCAAGGCCAUCAGAAAGGUGCCCGGCAGGUUCAGGCCAACUCUUCUGCAGCGUCCGAUGCCGGCACUAGCACGACUGCCCCAUCUUCUGCGAGUGCCCUUCAAGCCCAGCAAGGCAAAGCAGGACAGUCCACCGUUCGCCGUGUUGCGGCUGAGCCACUUGUUUUCGACAUGUCAGACCUGGAGGAUCCGUUUCCUUAUGAGCCCAAUGUCUGUAUGAUCACUGUGACUGCGCCACAGAGUUAUGCAAUGGAUUCCCAGGAUGAUGAUGACCAGUGGACCCUGCCUCCUGAUGACUAUGCUGUGCUUGACUUGGCGCCGAGUCCUGCUACUGCGUGUGUUCGAGCAGUGACUGACGCAGGCCAGUGUGUGAUCAUCGACUCGGGUGCCGACAUCUCUUGCAUCCCUGAGACUUUUCAGUCUUGUGGCCGUGCCGCUCGUGCACGACCGCUGCAGGUUCAAGAUGCCCAAGGGGGCGCGAUGAAGAUUCAGGCCGAACGGUUGAUAGAGUUUGUGCUGUUUGGUGGGCCCCGGCCCGUGGUCAUUCGUGAACGCUGCAUUGUGGCAAAGGUCACCCAACCACUGUUAAGCCUUGGACGACUCAUGCGUAAGGGAUGGUGGCCUAUUCGCCAAGGUCAAGGUGACAAUGCAGGCGCAGGUCCUAUGUGCUUGCGCCACCCACGGAGUGGUGCCGAGGUGCCCCUGCUGUUCAAAGGCUACUCAUUGGCCGUGAAUGCUCAGAUCCGUCGUGUGGAGCAUGAGGGCCAAGACUUGAUGUACUACAAUCCAGGUGCAGGUGAGGUCAACAGCCACUCUGAGGACGAAGUGAGCGAGAGCGAGGUCCGUGAUGCCAACAGCCAGGUCCGUGAUGCCAACAGCCAGGUCCGUGAUGCCAACAGCCAACAGGUCCGUGAUGCCGACAGCCAACAGGUCCGUGAUGCCGACAGCCAACAGGUCCGUGAUGCCGACAGCCAACAGGUCUGUGAUGCCGCAUGCAGUCAUUCCCAGUUUCAGGUCACAGGUGAGGUCCAAGAGGUGUGCCCAAGCCAGGUGCAAGUUGCAUCCAUCCAGGUGCGUUUUGAGGCUAAGACGCUUGAGUCUCUCGAUUUCGGAUGGCAAGUCAGUUCGUCUGGUCACCUGGUGUGGAGAGGUCGCACAAGUAGGUUUGUCGAUCCGAGUUUCAUGGCGCCAAUCGGCUGGCCUCUCAGGAGCACCCUCAUUUGCCGCAGUGGGACUUGGUUUCUGCUUGAGCACUGCGUGCCGUGGGCUGACUUGAAAGAGGUUGAAGCCGUUUUGCCCGGAGGUCAGGUUGCUGAGGUAAUUUCAUUUUUGCACGUGCAGGUUGAGCCCGUGUCAGAGAUGGGUGUGCAGCUCCCUGCAGGCAUGACCGAACCACAAGGUCUGCCAGAGCCAGAUUUUUAUCAUUUUCGAGCAGAGACUGAGCAAGCACCUGUCGGGACAGUUGAGCAUGAUCGUGUGGUGCCCGAUGAUGAGGCUAUGCAAGGCCUAGAGGAUGCAGCUGGACAACCGAGCCCAGCGCCAAUGCCACUGCCCGACCAGUUGGAAGCUGGAGUGCCAACCGACAAUGUCGAUCCGCUGAGCCUUGAUGGUGUGCUCAUUGCGCAUGACUCCAGCCUAGCUGUUCUGAAAACUGCAGCAGCCAAGCUGAACCUUAGUACGGCUGGCUCCAAGUCCCGCCUCUUCAGCCGUGUCAAGGGAUAUCUUGAGAAGCAGCGUUUGGCCUUGGAGUUGGAGCUUGCUGCCGAUGCUCAGUCCUCAGGUGAGAGGCAACCCAGGGUUCAACCGGUCGCAGCCGCGCCCACCGAGGCGGAACGAUUCCUUCAUGAGUGCACCCACGUGCCUUUCAAGCCAUGGUGCCCACACUGCAUCAGCAUGCGAGCAAUGCCCGAUCGGAGUGAGUACUUGAAGGAGGGCCCCCGCGACAACCCAAUUAUUCAAUUUGAUUUUUCAUUUUCAGGGUACAGUGUGCCAGACGGCAUUUGCAACCUCGAUGCUGCUCCUGAGGACUCCCAGCGUGCACUUAAGUGCCUUGUGGCGCAUGACAGCGCUACUGGCAUGAUCGCAGCGAUUCCAUGUGAGUCCAAAGGCGACACAAGGUACCUAGGCAUCGAGCUUAUGAGGUUCAUCCAAAGCCUCGGUCACACCACCGUGACCCUGAAGUGCGACAACGAGCCCUCCACUCUGACUCUGCAGCGAGCUAUCGUCACGGCUCGGCAACGGCUCGGGUUGCAGACGCUUGUUCAGAAUCCUGCAAUAGGUGCCAAAGGUUCCCUAGGCUUUUGUGAGAAGGCCAUUGACUCGGUGCGGAAGCUUGCAAACACUUUGCUUGAUCAGGCUCGCCACCGCACCGGCCUUCCCCUGCCUACAACGCAUGUUCUGUUUGCCUGGGCUUUUGUGCACAGUGCGUGGCUGCUCAACAGACACAGAGUGAUUGGCAACAUGACAGCCUAUGAAAGGGCCUGUGGGGCUAAGUACAGUGGGCGAAUUGCGCCGUUCGCCGAACCGGUUUACUGCCAGCUUGAUGUUAAGCAGAAAGGCGACAAGCGGUGGAUGCUUGGAAUCCUGGUGAGCAAAUCCUCGCUCAACGACAUGUACAUCAUUGCUGGCAAGGACGGAAUACGACUGUCACGAUCCAUCCGCCGUGUGGGUCAACCUUGGGAGCUUGAAGUGCAGCUCUAUCGGGAGCUGAAGGGCUAUCCUUGGGAUUAUGGAAGUGGUGUUAUAGGCACCAAGUUUGUGGCAAUGCCGAAACAACGGCAUCCGGCUGUGGAUCCAGUGCGGGAUGUUGCACCGCCAAGGUCCCCUGAUGAGGCUGCGAGCGAGCCCCCAACACCUGCAGUUGAGGCACUUGGGAUGCCGGUUACGCCGUUGGGCGGGGCCGGAGCAAUGGCGCCACCGAGGCGCAAUGUGCCUCCUCCUGAGAGUGCUCGAGCAAUUCCAGAUGAGAGCAUGGCUGGUGUUGAAGCUGAGCCUCCGGGGCCCAAUCCUGCAAUGAGGCCCGAUCCACCUAGCACGCCUGAAGCAGAACUGCCACCGUUGAAGAAGCUGCGCAUCCGUGCUGUGACUUUUGGUGAGCAGUCUUAUGAAGUGAACGAUGAAGGCGAGUUUGAUUUGGACCAGCCUGACGGCUGGGAAGUGCAGACCAAGCUUUGGUCCAUGGAGUCCGAGACGGACGACAGUUUCAUGAAUGAGGUGAAGGCCAAUCCCGAAGCGGAAGUGGCCGAAGAUGAUGACAGACUGUGGUUUCCCGACAAUGGAAGGGAGCCAGAGCUCGAUGAUGCCAUUUUGGCCGAGCUUGACAACCUUGCUGAUCAAGUUGAGGUCAGCAGACUGCUGAAGAAAUCUGUGCUAAGACAUGCCACGAGUGAUGAUGAUCUGGGUUCGAUGAAGAGCCUCACUACAAAGUUUGUUCGAACGUGGCGGCACAAGAAGCGGAAUGGGGUUCCUUCAUGGUACCGCCGAUCCAGACUGUGUGCUCGGGAGUUUCGGUGGUUGGAUGAGUCCAAAGAAGGGUUGUUUAGCCCUGCUACAAGCACGGACAUUGUGCGCCUCAUCCCGGCGCAGUGGCUGAAUUGGAAGCAAUCGCGGCCAUCCGAGCAGUAUGCCAUUUUGGCGCUCGACGUGAAAGAUGCAUACCUUGAGGUUCCCCAGCCGACGCCAGUGGUUUCCAAAGUGCAAGGUCAAGACCUCGUGUUCAUGCGAAUGGUUCCGGGGCAACGUGAAGGAUCACAACAGUGGUUCUCACACUUCUGCGAGUAUCUCGGAGAGCACUUCGUGAUUGAAAAGUGCAAGGAGUGCCCUGCGGUAGUGCAUGUCAGCAGCAAGCCAGGAUCUGAUGGAGUUUGUGCAGACAAGGGUCCGGGCAUGAUCCAUGUUGAUGAUUCCUUACUUCUUUUGCCGCUCCAGUGGGCCCGCGAGUGCUUUCUUCCAGUGAUUGAACAGCGAUUUCAGAUCACGUAUGAGCUUGCAUAUGAGGUGGGUCAUUCUUUCAGUUUCCUCAAGCGUGAGCAUACGAUUACAGAACAGGGUAUUGUGAUUCGGCAACCCUCUUCCUACAUUGAGCAGAUGAAGCAGACCAUGAAUGUCACGCGAAACAACCGACAACGGGUUCCAUGUUGGAGUGAACUUCGUGCUAAGGACACCACCCGUGAGCUCAACCACACCGAUGCAAGCAAGUUUCGACAAGCAGUGGGAACAGCCUUAUACAUAUCUUGCGACCGGCCCGAUGUGGGCUAUGCUGUGCGCAUGCUUGCAAGCUACAUGGCGAGGCCGACUGAGCAUGCAAAGGUUGGUUUGAUCAAGCUGAUCCAGUACCUUAUCAACACAUGUGAUUAUGGGAUCCUGAUGAAGUUUGCCGCUCCUGGGACAAGGAAACUGAACGGUUAUGUGUAUGAUUCUGGUUGUGCAGAUGACGCUGAGCGUAAUGUACUGGAGGUGUUUUCGGAUGCCGACUGGUCAGGGUCGAAGAAGGAUCGUCGAUCAUAUGGUGGAGCGAGUUUCUGUGUGAACGGACAAUAUGUCCACUACAUCUGUAGAUCUCAGAAGUGCAUCAGUUUGAGUUCGAUGGAAAGCGAGUACUACAGUGCUGUGGGAAGCGCGUGCCAGGGGCUGUUCAUGAAGGCUGUGAUCGAGUUUAUGAGCCGGAGCCCCUGCGACCUGAUCCUGUAUGUUGACAACCAAUCGUGCAAGGCCUUCUGUUUGCGUCAGGGAGUUACAAAAGCCAGCAAGCAUUUCGAGGGCCGGCUAUUGUGGUUGCAGGACAUUGUUCAGCAGAAGCGGCUGGUGAUGAAAUACAUCUCGACCCACUUCAAUUUAGGCAAUGACAUGUCGAACACGUGGGUUAAGCGAGUGGCAAUGCUUUUGCUUAUGAUGCCGAUUCCUGCGGAAGCGAGUGCAGUGACAAGUGUCAACAUGAGUGCAUGCUUCUUCCUUGCAGUGCUUGUUUCGAUGUACAUGGCAGUGUAUGCAAUGGAGAGCACGGCAGAGCAUGGUGCCAAUGGUGGUGAUGAAGGAUGGCUGUAUAUUGCAGCACCCGGCGGGCCGUGGUACCGUCGUGGGGCAAUGUAUGCCGCUUGUGUUAUGAUGGCGACAAUUGCUUGGAGCCUUGGGUCAAUUUCGGCCGGUUUCUUUCGUGAUGUGGAGAUUGUUCGAGAACUUGGAGCUUUGUGUUCGGCUCUAUGGGAUGAGCAGAAGGACGAUAAGAGGGCGCUUCACGAGCUGAAGCGCGAGAAUCGUUCAUUGCGGGACGAGAACGCGAUGAUACAACUUGAGUUCUAUGAAAUGCCUCACGGAAGGCUUUGCGGUGCACAGGGCAUGAUGAGGCGGGGUGAUGAAACAUUACAUCCCUGCCCUUUGUACACACGCUCUGAGUUGUGGAAAAGUCCGAUUACGUUUUCACCCUGGCUGGCCCAUGCCACGGCACCGGCUGACCUCACCUUUCGGUGCAACUUGUGCCCUUACAAGCGCAAGGCCACGAGCAACCACCAGUACUACCACAUCCGCCACAACCACUACCAGCGUGCCCAUGAGGGGCAGGGCCUGCAGCCGGACAUCGGGCGACCCAAGCUCACGCGGGUCUGCGGCCCAACAGCUCAGUUCAUCUGGUGUUGCCCUUUCUGCAACAAGGGAAUCACGCACGAGACUCGGAAGGACCUUUCUCGAUUCUCCUACUAUGCCCUGCGCAACCAGCAUCGUGCACAGGCCCACCCCGAGGUCUCCAAGGCUGAGUGGCAGCGUCUUGCGGCACUCCCGCAAACCGGGCCCAAGGAUCGCCAGGUGCAUGCCAAAGGGUGCCGCCAGCGCAACCUCACCAAGGCCGUGUUUGCUCAAGUCAGGACCCCUCGCUUUGGGGACCAGAUGCAGCUCUUUGUGUGGCCUCGAGCCAGGUGUGAGAAACGCAGCACCCGGGUCAAGCAUGUCCUCCUUGAGCAUGGUUGGAAGUGCCUCCGGUGCGGUGAGUGCACCAGGGACCUGGCUGCCGCCAAGCAGCAUAGCGAGGGCCGGUGCAAGUCGCAGAGCAACACCCAGAAGCGGAUCCAAAAACUUGAUGCCAUCGAGGCGUGGGCCCGGCGUGCCGGAGGUGAUCCCGACUUCUGCUCCCAGGUGCUCCGUGCUGCCGAGGCUGACAUCAACCCUUUGUCGGCCCAGGGUUUUGGUGAGCGCUGGCGUGCCCAUGGCUAUCGGGCUGUUCUCAGCGACAUUGAUGCUGCCAAGGGUGUGCAUAGGGUGGCCUUGGUCGCCUCCCUCCCCAUGCAUCGUGUGAACCUUAAGCUUCCUCCGCAUGUGGCUGCGCGCUGUGCUGCAGGUGCUUUUGAAAUGCAGGCUGCUGGCAGCAAGUGCAUCACCCUUGUGGUGGCCUUCUACGGCUUCCCUGGUCAGCCAGCUGCCACAGCCCAGGCCUUAGGUGAGGUUAGGCCUGCAGCUGCGACCUUCGGCGGCCCCUACAUCUUGCUCGGCGAUUUCAAUGUUGACCAGUCUGAGCAAGCUGUAGUGCAGCUGUUGUGCGAUGGUGAGCUCCGGUCUCUGGAUGAGGCGGACUGGACCCAAGCCGGCCCAACAAAUCCCACGCGCACCCGGCGCAUUGAUUUUGGCCUGGCCCAUUGGUCAAUCAUUGCGACGGCUGUCAAGCAGUUCGAGCGCCCGGACCUUUCGGACCACGGGUGCGUCUUCUACGAAACGCGGUGCCUGAGCCGUGCCGACAGCUUCUCCAUGCCUAAGUUUCGUGAGCUCCCUGCCACGGCCACUGAAGACAUCCUGUCUAACUUUGGUAGGGUCUGGGAUGCCGCACACUUUGAGAGUUCUAUUGCAGGUGGGGCUCUUGAUGAAGCCUGGGCCUUCUUGUCAGACGUGGCCGAGCGCACGCUGGGUGCCACUUCGCUCUUCGAUGCCUCCGGUGCCCGCAGGAGCGACCACUGGCUCCCUUGUGCCCGCCACGAGUCUCACCAUCGUGUCGGCCCCCAGGGUCAUGAGUCCCAGUCCCUCCGUUCAUCUCGCAAGUUGCUUGGGCAAUUGCACCAACUGCGGCAACAGCCCCACUGUCAGAAGCUGUGGCGUGCGGUGGGCCGCCGGGCUGGGCUCCUGCGUGCCACUUUCCCCGACCUCCCUGUGAUACAUGCUGCCAACCUUGCAGGUGCCACCCAGGUGAUCUCUCAUUUGCAUGCCGAGCUUCAGCAGCAGGAGACGGAGGCCAGAGUGCACAGGUGGCGUCGCCGUGUUGAGGAGGAUCCCUCUCGUGCCCUCGCCUGGGUCAAGCGCAAAGCUGGCCAUCAGUUGGCCAUGGAGCAAUCUCCUCAGGCACCUGCUGGUGUCCCUUCCUCUGUUCACCCUGCCUCUAUUGUCGAGGAGCAUGGUAAAGUGUGGCUGCAGCACUGGAAGCCGGAGUCCCCUGUCAACUUCGAUGCCGUGCAGCGCAUCCUUGACCGUGUCCCGGGCGGGCCGCAAUCGGACAUUGUGCUCCAGGUCGAGGCUGAGGCUCUGAUGCGGGCCACCAAGGCAAUGCGGGGGAAAGCGAUGGGCCCUGACCGAUGGUCAGCGGAGCUUCUGCUCCGCCUCCCAGUGCAGUGGUGGGAAGCGGCGGCCACUCUGUGGAAUGCGGUGCUCUCCACGAAGUACGUCCCUCGACUCUGGCGCCGGGCACUGAUUGCCCUGGUGCCGAAGCGCCUGGAUGAAUACCGACCGAUCGCCUUGUGCCCUGUCAUCUGGCGAGCUGGUGCCCACUGCAUCUCUCGCAAUGUGCUGCCGUGGAUGGACACAUGGCUGGGCCACCACACCUUGGGCGGUGCACCAUGUCGAGGCCCGGGCGACGCUCAUGCCCGGCUCUUUCAUGCGUGGCAGAGCGGCGGCAAAGUCUUUUGCCAGCAGGACCUCACGCGGUUCUUCGACUCUCUUGAUGUCAAGGCGGUGGGUAUGGUGCUCCGGCACCUUGGUGCUCCUGCUGGCCUCGCUGAGCUCUUAGCCUCCUUCUACCAGGAUGCCUCGAGGCUUUUUCUGCACGAGGGCCGGUCCAGCAGUGCAUGGGGCAGCCCGGCGCGGGGCCUGGCGCAGGGAUGCCCACUCUCUCCAAUGGCCGCGGUUGCGGUCGGCCAUAUCUGGGCCAUGUGGGUCCAGUCCUUUGCCAAGGGACGCACCGACUGCCUCAUCUUUAUAGACGACCGGGUGUUGUGGCCUUCCUGCACGUGUGCGGACCCUCUUGGGGCAAUGGAUGUGGCAUUGAGGGCUUCUGACUCCUUCGACCAAGCCUUCGGUUUCCAGUGCCGUGCCAGCAAGUGUGCUGUAGUGUGUCCACCCGAUGUCGGGACUUUCGAUCAGUGGGCCAGUGCCAGGAGCUACCCACGCGUGACUACUUUAAAGGUGCUGGGCAUCACCCUCGACAUGCAGGAGGGUGCCCUGGGGCUCCUUAAGUUCAGCCCGCGCCUGCUCCUGCAUCGCCUUCGCUUCCUCAAGCUCCUGGGAGGGGAGGUGCCCCAGCUCCGUCGCAUCGUGCUGCAGCUGGUCCACUCGGCCAUGUUUUGGGCUGGUGGUGCCGCCUGCCCGGACCGCGACUGCUUGCGCGACGUCUGGCACUCCACUUGUGCUGUCCUGCAAAAGCACGCCACCUUCGAGUCUCCUAAAGUCUUGCUGUGUGCUUCUUUUGGCUGGAUGUUGGACCCUGAAUGGGCGGCGGACUGGGCAUCCCUGCGGGCUGCCUGGCGUUUCAAGGCUCGGCCCCCGGCAUGGCUCGACACGGCUGGGCUCGAUGUUGCUUGUGGUGACUGGCGUCGCUUCCUCCCUGGUGCGGCGGCGGUUGUGCAGAGGUUAGGCUGGCAGGUCCAUGGCAACGGCGCCACCCUGGCGCGACUCGACGAUUCCGGUACCCUCCGUCAGUGCCACCUUGGCUGGGAAUCCUUUGAUGUGGUCAAGCGCUGGCUUGUGGACCACUACAAGUGGCAGGGCGUGCAUUCGUGUGGGCGGAUCCGCAAUCGUGGCCACCGCGAUGAUGCAACGUUGGCCCGUGGUCUCAGCCUGGGGGCCCCACUCCGCAGUGCCCGGUUUGCGCUCGAAGGCCACCGACUCGCAGUUGCGGCUGAGCCUACACGUGAAGUUCGCCUUGCAGCACUGGGCUCGGGCGGCUCCAUCUGGUACCACUGCAAACGGCUGGAGAUGAGCUCACCCGACACCACGGCGUGUGUUUGUGGCCUCUUGCAGCCCAGCCGAGCGCAUCUCACCUGGUGUUGCUCCUCAACGACGGGAUUGCGGCAAGGUCUCGCACCUCCUUCCACCCGUGCUGGUGAACGGCUCUUUGCGGCCGAAAUCACUGAGUACCCUGCAGCUCCUGCAGCUUCGGACUUUGAAAACACCCUUCAGAGCAUUGUGGCGCAUCUUCGCAACUUCGCUACUGUGGGCGAGCGUCUGCUCAUCGCGACCGAUGGCAGUGCUAAGUUUGAUGUCGGCGGCUGCGCCGUGAUCUUCGGAAGCGGCGAUGGCACCUUCGUCUUCGGUGAUGCCUGUGAGGACCAGUCGGCUUUCCGAUGUGAGCUCCUCACUUUGACGACCCUCUUCGAGGCGAUCUCUCGUGCGCAGUUGGCCCCAGGCUGUCAGGUUGGCAUCCUGGUGGAUUGCAGCUCUGCUCUUCAGGCUGUGGCUCAACCUGAGGCGUGCUCCAUGCCUCUCCUGGCUCACAAGGCUGCGAGGCUACUCCGUGAUGUGCGUGCCGGUGGCUUGGACCUGAAGCUUUCGUGGACUCCUGCACAUGGUCGGCGGCCCAACUGGACUGCUCCCUGGGGCCUAACGGCCGACCGCUGCAGGGACCUCAACGAACGGGCCGAUGCGGCUGCCAACAGCAUUCGCGAGCACCGGGCUCGUGGAUCGGGCAGGGUGAGCUGGCAUGCAGAGCUUCAUCGUGCAGCGCUUUGGGAGCGGGGGGCCAUCUUGGCUUCUGCUGGUGCCUCCAAUGUCUUGGCGCAGCACCUUCGUGCGAGGCGGCCGGCUCGUAUCAUUCAAGAUGAUCCGUGUUCGGUCUCACAACCGACAACCAAAGACGUUACUGGACGCGCAGAUCGGGACUUCGUUGCGAACUCCGCGAGUUCCAAGCUGGACAACACCGUAGGCGCUGUGGGUGCUGAGCGGAAAAGGAUGAUGGAUUUGGCGGCCAUGGAGGCCGCGACGUCGAGUACUCAGCUGCUCAAUGAGGAUGCCAGUGCAGUUGUGGGAUCGGCUGUGCUAGUGGAUGAGCUCUUUCGUGUACGUGAAGCCCUCGUUCUUCUCUGGACCGAGCAGCUGACAAAGCGGUGUGAUGGCGACCCACCUUGGGUGGAGCGCCUCCAGGCGAUGGGACAUUUCCCAAGCACUACCCUGUGGUUUGCUGACGGGGACUUUGGCCUUGCUCCGGCGGAGGCCUAUCGCGAUGCAAAUGUCCAGCAGCAGCGGGGCAGCCGGGAGCAAGUGGCAGCAGGGCUGCCGCCUUCUGGUGGGCGACCUGGUGCUGGUGCGGACGCUGAGCUGGUGACGCAGCCGGCUGCUGGCGAGAUUGAGGAGAAUGCGGAGCUGGCUGGGCCUUCCGAAGUGGAGGCGACCAACCAUGGCGACGCUGCUCUUCCUUUGCAGCCGGCGGACAAAGAGCCACCUAGCCCGGCCUCUCCCUGCCUCCUUGGUAACAUGUUUUCUAAGACCGGCCCGUUCGGGGCCCCCUCCGAGAGUGUGGACUUCCUCGGGGGCCCCCUGGGCGCCACGGCCCAAGGUGGCAGUGCGAUCGAGCAGAGCUGUGGCACGGAUUUUCUUGGCGGCCCCAUCUGGACGGUGCCCCAAGCGCAUGCAUAUCCUAGUGCCAGUGUGGAUCAUGUGCAGCCUGUGCAGCAAUCCCUUCAGUGCCUCCCGGUGUGUGUGCAAUUUGGGCUUCCUGCUCUCCAGCGCUGCUUUGCAUUCCUGCAAGGUGUCCGUGUGGGUGAGGCAAAGCACCCGGGUCCUCCGCGACGCCAGCAGCCGGCCCCGGCGCCGCUAGGUGAGCCGAUGCUUUGUGUGUGCCAUGACUGGAAGAGGGGAUGCCGCCUGGGCGAGGCCUCUCACCCUGGCCCUGGUUUCAACCUUGACCUUGGCAACCUUGGGGAUAGCCUUGGCGAUAGCAUCAUGAAGUCGAUCAAGGAGCAGAUCCAGAAGGCAGUUGACGAGGCAAUAAAGCAGGCCCUGGCGUCGCUCAAUCUCGGCCGGGGCUUGGCUGCUGCCCGGCCGUCCGGUGAUCCAGACGUGCAGCUUGAGCCAAAGGGCAGGCGCAAGAGGAAACGUAAGGCCAAGCAGGCCACGAGCCACCCAGGUGGCAACCCCGACGUUUCGGGCGGCGAGCGUGCAGGUGGCCGCCAGAGCGCAGCCAAAGGCAAGGGCAAACCUGGAGACAAGUCUGGCCCAGCCAAGGUGGCCCAGCGCGGUGGCCCAGGUGACUCAGGUCAACGCCGGGGCAAGGGCAAGGGCGGCUGCGGUGAGGCAGGCGGGCAGGAAGCCGGUGAUGGCUGGCAGAUCGUCCGGCGCAAGGCUCCGGAAGGCGCCUUCAAGCUUCGAAAAUCUGAUUGGGACGCUCCGGUCGUCGAGUAUGCUGCCCUAGCUGAGUUCAUUGACAAGGCUGAUGCCAGCAAGGUCCUCGAACUUGUAGUCUUUGUUUCGGCCGACCAGGUCACGCUUGCUACGAACAUUCUGCGGGGGAGCGGGCUGAGCUUCAAGGCCCUGCUUGUUUUCCUAUCCAAGGAUGAGGAGGCCCAGCGCAUUCCGGGCACCAUUGGGGAUCGCCUGGUCUUCAGGACUGCUAAGGUCCAGAAGCUCACGUCUGCAGGUGCCAGUGGCCAUGCUCCGCAGCCCACCGGCCUGAGCCAAACGUCCAUCAAGAUCAAACCCACUGAAAGUGCAGUCGUCUACUUUAAGGUGCCAAAGCAGUUCGCCUCAGCCGACACUUGGAAGGCUUUCGGGGGCAACGCCUCCAAGGCCGCUGUAGACUGGGUCGCGGCCCAAAGGAUCAAGGUGCUCGACACUUUUGCCUGGGUCCUGGAAAAGCAGCGCAACGACACUCAUGAGCAGUACUUUGGCAUUGUUCGCAUUCCGAAGGCAGACAUUGAGGGCAUCCUGGCCCACUCUGGCAAGGACGGUGUCUUCGUGGAUGCCGCUCGCACCUCAGGGCCCCGGGCGAAGCUCCAAUGGAUCGAGAAGCUCCCCGGCGAGAAGGUGGACGCCUACUUUGAACGUGCCCUGCGCCAGGCUUCCAGCCUGGGUUUGGUCGUCAAUGGGGGGCGAUUGGCGUGGCGAAGUGCCAUGGCAGCUGGAGAAGCAACGGUGCGCAUCUGGCACAUCGAUGGUGUGCCCCACGAGUGGGAUGUGGAUGCCGUCGGCCAGCUCUUGGCCACACGCUUCACUGAGUACACCAUCCUGUCGCAUCGGCGCACUCGCCUCGGGUCCUGCUUUCGCUUCCGCGGGCAACCUGAAACCGCAGACACGGACCUGGUGCCGUUCGUCGUCGAGCAUCAGGAGAAGCCCUUGUCCUUGUGGGCAACGCUGGCACCUUUCCGUGUCGUCUCCAAGAAGCAGAAGCCUCUCGCCUCGAAGGCCGUCCCGGUCGUUGCUCUCGAGCAGCCUGUCGUUGCCACCAUCGUCAAACCUCCCACGGGGGAGCUGGCUACGGGCGAGGACGGCAAGGAAGUGCCCCAGCAGAAACGUGUCAAGCAGGAGGUGCGCACCAAGCCAGGUGACCUCCAGCUCAAGGCAUGCCCUCGUGACGGAGCCUGCGUGCUGCACGCACUAAGCCUCGGCCUUCAAUGGCUUGGUGACUCUCGGCCCAAUCACCCGCGCAUGCUCCGUGCGCAAAUGGUCGAACACAUGCGCCGGCACGCCACCCAGUACGAGAAGGAAUGGGACGGCAAAGGGCCGGACAGUGAGCCGGUCAAGGACCGGGACUUCCCGGCCUACCUCACUCUUAUGGAGAAGGAGGGGGCAUACUGCUCGGAUGUCGAGCUGAGGGCCCUGGGCCGUGUGCUGGACAUCAAAAUCGUCGUGCUGCCGGCGGGCCUCAACUUUUCUCCUUACGCCUUCCAUAGCAAAGCUGCCAAGAUGCUGGUGUUGUGGUACGAGGAUAACCACGUUGAUCUCAUGCUCCCGCCUGAAGGUCACAAGAAGUAUCCCAGUGAGUAUGCCCAGAUCACAGCUGGACCCGUCUUUGGGCUGCGUGCAGGUGGCCGUGGGCCCCCAUCGGUCUUCACUGCCUCCUCUGCUGCCUGUGUUCGAUCCCAGCCAUCCUCUCAGUGGACCUCGGUCAUGGAAGGCGAAGGGGCAAAAUCCCAGGCUCGCCCGGCAUCCGUCUGGACCACCUCGAUGCCGGCGAGCGCCUCGGGGAGUGCUGCGGGGCGGCCCUCGAUCGAAGCCCAGCCCUCUUUGCAAGGUAGGCGGCCCAGGUCACAGGUGUCACAGGCAAGGUCUUCAGGCAGCCGGGUGUCGUCGCAGGCAAAGGUGCAGGCCCUUUCCCGGCCGUGCCCACCCAGUGCCAGGUGCAAGGCAAAGGCGUUGCAUGGUUCCCAGACCAGGCCCAGGGGCGAGCCACAGGCAAGGUCAUCACAGGCCACGGCCCAGGCAAGGCCCUCAGGCACCAAGCGCAAGGCGGUAGAGCUGUGCACUUCGUCCGUCUUCACCUGCACCUCUACUGGCACUAUCGAGGCCUUCGAUGAAUCCGAGUUUGAGCGAGCUCGUGUGCCCCCGAAGCGCUGCCCUUGGCUGGCCCAUGCCACGGCACCGGCUGACCUCACCUUUCGGUGCAACUUGUGCCCUUACAAGCGCAAGGCCACGAGCAACCACCAGUACUACCACAUCCGCCACAACCACUACCAGCGUGCCCAUGAGGGGCAGGGCCUGCAGCCGGACAUCGGGCGACCCAAGCUCACGCGGGUCUGCGGCCCAAGGGCUCAGUUCAUCUGGUGUUGCCCUUUCUGCAACAAGGGCAUCACGCACGAGACUCGGAAGGACCUUUCUCGAUUCUCCUACUAUGCCCUGCGCAACCAGCAUCGUGCACAGGCCCACCCCGAGGUCUCCAAGGCUGAGUGGCAGCGUCUUGCGGCACUCCCGCAAACCGGGCCCAAGGAUCGCCAGGUGCAUGCCAAAGGGUGCCGCCAGCGCAACCUCACCAAGGCCGUGUUCGCUCAAGUCAGGACCCCUCGCUUUGGGGACCAGAUGCAGCUCUUUGUGUGGCCUCGAGCCAGGUGUGAGAAACGCAGCACCCGGGUCAAGCAUGUCCUCCUUGAGCAUGGUUGGAAGUGCCUCCGGUGCGGUGAGUGCACCAGGGACCUGGCUGCCGCCAAGCAGCAUAGCGAGGGCCGGUGCAAGUCGCAGAGCAACACCCAGAAGCGGAUCCAAAAACUUGAUGCCAUCGAGGCGUGGGCCCGGCGUGCCGGAGGUGACCCCGACUUCUGCUCCCAGGUGCUCCGUGCUGCCGCGGCUGCCAAGCUUGCCAUCUCCAUGCGAAUCCCCUCCUCGCCGUGUUCGUCAAGCUUUUGA